GUAGUAAGGUUAAAGGUUCUUUCUUUCGAGGCGGUCAAUUUCCUCUUUUUCUGUUCUCAUCUCUCCCCUCGCUUUUCUCACUCACUUCAUUUUGAGUUGGGUUUUUGCGACUUCCUGCUUGGCUUCGAGGCGAUGUGAUUACUAAGGGGAAGUUUGGAUUCUGCUAGAGCAUAGAGAAGUGCAUAACGAAUAGAAGCACGGGAGAGAGAAGAAAAUAAUAAGAAAUUGGAGUUUGUUUUUGCGUGAUUUGUUUGGUGAUUGUGGGCAUUCUGUUCGUCUUAUAAUACCACGAAUCUAGAGGCUUUUGCUGCUGUGACUAAAUCCUUUUUUGGCUCCGGGCUCCCUGGGCUUUGUCUCUGAUUAGGGAAACCCUAAUCUCUCUCCCUUAGACCUAGAAGGAAGUGAAAUUCAGUACCCAUUUAAACCCUAAAAGCAAGUAAUUUCCCUCGCCUGUCUCCCUUCCUGACUCUAUUAAUACUUCAAAGACUCCAUCUUUUUUGACAUGUAAAGAUUCGGAAGUCCCAUUUUCAUUAAACAAUCUUGAUUUGAGAAGAGGUCUGUAAGUUUCUUUCAAGAUGAAGUAUAUGAAGCUUGGAUUGAGGCCGGAUGCUUUUCACUCUGAUGGGAGCACUAUCAGGUUUGUAGCUACUGAAUUGGCGACAGAUAUCACUGUAAAAGUGGGGGAUGUGAAGUUUUACCUUCACAAGUUCCCCCUUUUGUCCAAGUGUCCUCGUUUGGAGAGGAUAUUAGUCUCCACAAGUGAAACAAACAAUGAAGAGAUUGACAUACCUGACAUCCCUGGUGGCCCUGCAGCCUUUGAGAUUUGUGCAAAAUUUUGUUAUGGCAUGAUUGUCACACUCAAUGCUUACAAUGUCGUUGCAGUUCGCUAUGCCGCAGAGUAUCUCGAAAUGCAUGAAACUAUCGAGAAGGGGAAUCUCAUCUACAAGAUUGAU